AAUUCAGGAGAAAUAGAUGACCGAACGUACAACGAAAAUGAAAUUCAGUAUCUUAACAAUCUAUUAAAGAAAGCUUUCACUUGUAGAGAAGUGGGAGAUAAAAUUGCUGCUGGCUUAUCCGACGAAGAUUUAAAAAAUAUGGCGAAAAUCCCUGCAAUGUGUGAAUGUGCAAACUACGAGUUGAACCGUCGAUCUAGAAUACUGCAUUACCGCGAUGGCAAAAUAAACCCUGGAUAUUUAAAGGAAGCUUUUGAACAUGCAUCUCAGAUGAAUUUUACAAAUGAUGACCACAGAAAAAAAUAUACGGAAAAUCACUGGUCACCAGUUCAAGCUAUUUUGUUCGGCGGUGAAAAAGCGCUUAAUAUAACUUGUGUGGCGGUACCUUGUGAUGUGGUAACAGUUACGUCUCAAGAAGAUCAUUUAAAAAUAUCUCAAAGAAAGAUAAAUGCUCAUUUCCAAUUUAUCCCUGAUGAAAUAAAAGGAAGUCCAAUGAAUGGAAUAAUUAUCCCUCAUAAUCAACCUUCACAAAUGCGCAUAGAAAUGCAGCCAAUAAAAAAUAUUCUUGCGUGGAAAAAGAAUUCUAUGUCAAAAAUACACGAACUGCAAAAAUCAGGAUAUCCACUGAAGUUGACCAUUUUGAUUAGUACCGAUGACAAUGUAAUUCAAGAAGGCGCUAAAAGUCGAGCAUUGAGUGCUGUCGAAGUUAUCAGGAAGGAUUUGAGUAGCGCGCCAAUUUGUGUUAUUACUCAACGGGAUACUCGGAAUAGUGUGCGCUUCAACAAAGAUUGCCGCAGAAAAAAUUUGGAGUUGGAUAGCUACGGCUUGGCAUUAAUGUUCUAUGGUCAUGACGUAAACGCAUCGAUCCUUCUCGUAGACAAAAAAGAUAACAAUGAAACGUUGAAAAGCAAAUUUGAACUCUGGAAGCAGAAGGAAUUGCUCUUUCUCGAUAGUCAUCAAGCAGUAGCAUUCCAUUUCACUGUAGUCAAUAGCACUGAGCCGAAAAAUAGCGAAAAGAUAUUCAGUAAUACAUUCCCAGACAUUCCGCUAAAUACGCUGCGUUUACUUGAUGAAUCAUCGAUGACUGGAGUAAACUAUAAAGUUGGAACGAUGUCUGAUUUUUAUGCCGGUCCCGUGUAUGCAGUUGUUGGUUUUCGAAAAUUCGGUGGAAGAAAUCCAGCUACAGAAAAUCUUUCCGAGGAAAAUGAUUGGUUUUUGUGAUUGAUUGACUGCUUCACUGAGAGAGUUUAGAUGAGGAAGUGUAUAUCUGUCGACAAGCCAUUCUAUUGUUUUGGAAGCAGCUUGAACCAUAAAGGCAUUGUUUAUGAAGUGUGAUAAAUAUUUGAUAAAAUAUAAAAAUGAAUGAUUUAUUUGAAGUCGAAUAUGCACGAUCAUGC